AUGACCAAACACCGACCGAACCCUGUUGCCACACGAGGUAGAUCUGCCUCUCUGGGAUACCUACCUACCCAGGAGGGAUGUUUGCAGUUACAACAAUCACGGCUACACCCAAACUUUUGGUGGAAUCGCCCCAAUUUUGCGCAAGAAGAGACAGCGUCCCAUCGGACUGAAGCCCGAACGCCGCCGCCAUCGUUCCGUCGUCUUACGACACUGCUGGUGUCAGGGACGGCGUGUCAUCUCCCCAAGUACACCCCACGCUGUGUCGCGUUGAAUCGACUCUCUUGUCACUGGUCUAGUUUCCUCGCAAUCACCAUGCCAAGUACGCGCUCUGGUAAACGGACAGGCGGAGAUUUGCCCUCGUCAAAUGCGAAGAGGAAAAAGAAGGGCGAUCCUGGUCCUGAGAUCCUUCCACCGCAGUUGCAAGCUCCCGCAGUAGGAACUUCUCUUCGCCCCCGCCCCCGCAGGAAAAAGACUGCACCGUCCGUCGAUGAGGAAUCUCGACCGCCCAAGACGAAAAAGGCCGCCAUCAAAACGAGAACGGUUGCACAAACAAAUGAUGAUACUGCAACCACCCCCACCGCCCAAGAAACGGAGGACGGUCACGCAGGCAAGGACAUUAGCCCAGCCGUCGGUCAAAUUCAACUGGCUGCUGAGACGAAGCUACCACCCGAAGCCACCGGAUCGCCAAGCUCCGCCGCCCUUUCCUCGUUGCAUAGCGACACAGGUGGUUCAGCUCCAGCAAUUGAUUCGGUAUUCCCGUCGUCGGCAACAGUAAUCGAUGGUUUUGUCUUUGGCACGGGCUCCGUGUCACCUGGCUCUAUCGGACUCACUGGCAAUGUGCGGACCCUUCCAAUCGUGUCAUCUGUCCAUGUUCCGCCAGGGACUUCAUCAGCAAUUGCGCCCUCAACCUCCAUCGGUCCUGAUCCCGCCAACGCACCAUUGUUUCCGUUACACCAGCACGAAUACUCGCUCACGACUCCACGUCAUGGUACAACCGCAUCCAACAAUGUGCUCACGGGUCUUUCUUCGAUUCCCUCCAUGGCAUCAUCACCUUCAGCACCCUUGCAUCCGGGACCGCCGUCCUCUGUGUCUACGCCGCUGGUUAGAUUCGUAGAAGCACUCAGCUCCGCAGAGGCUGCCCUUGGUACUCUGACCCCUACGGCGCACCCGGGUAACCAACGCUUUCCAAAUCAGUUCGCCUUUGAUCCUGACGGAGUCAGUCCCAAGGGCACAGGGGAUACAAGUUCGAUCGGUUUCCCACCGCUUGCCCCUUGGAAGUCCGUGUACAUGUCUCCUUCGUCUUCCCAAUCGCCGGUUACAGCGGCUAGUGCGAGCGUGCCUGCGCCUCGGAGUGAAGGAUCUAUAACUGAGGACAGACCGGUCGAGGACGGACCAGUAGAGGUCAGACCUGUCGAGGACGGACCUGUCGAGCUCGAGGACGAACCUGUCGCCUUCUCCGAUGCACCGUCUGUGACCAGCAUUGUUAGCAUGUCUUCGCAGACGAGCGGAAUCAAUGCCAACCAGGCUUCUGCCCCCUCGGAUUUCAGCAUGCCGAAUGCGCCACCCCAGCACACGUCUCACCAUAAUUCAGACACAACCCAUGACAACCAUGGCGGGUUGGACCGCCCCAAUCCUGACCACGGUCCCGCUCGGACGUCCCUUGACACCUCCGCCGACGCAAAUGUCGAGGACGACGAUGACGAUGAUGACUGGGAGGACAUUGCUGAUCCUACCGCCGACACUGACGGUGCAAAAAUCAGCGCAAACAAGGGCAAGGUUCCACCGGCCGCCUCCAGGGGGAGUUCUCGUCCGGGGCAGAUGAAGGCAGGAUCACAAGCAAAACUCAAGGCUUUUAUCAAAUAUGCGGAUCGGUUCAAGCUGGCGCUUGCGAAGGAGACGGGAAAAUCACUGGAUACCAUUGCGAAGUUGAUAGGACGGCCGCCCCUUAUAUCAUCUAAGGCAGAGAACCGGUGGCAAGUCUGGCAAUCGUGGUAUGCAGAACACUAUCCGCAGGUCAAGGCAAAAGAGGGGGAUUCUGUGGAAGUGGAGGACUCGGAUGCAUUCGCCUGCCGUAAGCUCAAGGCAUAUCAUGCUCGGCUCGCCGGCCUCAACACGCCCCAGGAGAAGAAGGACACCUUGAAGGACUGCUACGACUGGUGGUACACGAAGCGCCAGGAGUUCCUGGGUUCGCUUAUCCAAUCGGGCAAGAGCAGCAAACUGGUUACGCUUGCUGCCCGACAGAUCACGUCUAUGUCAGAACAUUGGCAUGCACAAACCGGUAUCCAUGUCUUUGGAAUCAUCAUAGACACUCAAGGCGACAAUUACAUCAUGGCUGGCGGUUCUCCUCAUUGGCUUCGUAUGAAAGAUGACUUCCCGAAGAACCUUCACAAGUAUAUGAUGGAAUGCCGCUCCAUUGUCACGUUGCUGGACCAAAACGAAGACGGCACUCCGAUUGUCACCGACGAGCAAUUGAAGGGUCUCAUACCGUGUGGGAAGUUAGACGCUUCCUAUGAGGCCCAAGCCGCUGCAACGUUCGCCAAUACCUUCCGCACCGGGAACCCAAAGCACAAGCGAGACUCGAGCGACAAAGUAGUGAGGCACAUCGUAUUGGGACUGUGUGCUAAACUUCAAGUCGACUCGUCGAGAUUUAAAUGGGGCACCUUCACGGAGCAUCUCGUCUCCAAUGAGAUGACCAUGUACAACUGGUGCCCAACUGCGAGGAUCACUGAACUGCUACCUGCCAAGGGGCAAACAAGAAACUCAGUUUCUUUCGACUUUCGGGGCAAUGCGGACUCCGUCCAUCUUAUGGCGACCCUGCAGGAUGAUCGAAAGAAGCCAUGGCGUGAUCGCGGGGGUAUACCCAUCCUCCUCGCUUGGGUUCCCGACUCGGGCUGGACCGGGAAAGAAGACAUCAUAGACACACCGUACGGGAAACAGAUUGUCCUGUAUCGAGUGCAGAGUACGCAGACUUUCUACGACAUGGUCGUAGACAAUAGUUCCCUCGCGAAUACCGAAGGUGGCGUCAAACCCAACCAACCGCAACCAAAGAAACGACAGCGUUCUGUGCAGCCUGCACCCGCUGUUCCGCCAUCCCAACCCCCUCCUAUCAUCGCGGCUCCGCGGUCGAAGAAACGUCAACGCUCGGUGCAGCCUGCACCGUCCGUCCCGUUGUCUCAACCUUCGCCCGUUGUCAACCCGCAUCCACAGAAACGUCAACGUACUGUGCAACAUGCGCCAACCAUCUCACCAUCUCAGUCCCCGCCCAUUGCCGAUGCCCGACACUUGGCACCGUCUUCUGCGUCACAGCCAAAGCCCGUGCGACAGGGGCAUGUACUAGGAACGAUACCGACCAAACACCAGCACAAGAACCCGCUCCUCCAAGGGCGAAAGAAGGCUCGCAUGCAGUACAUCGAGGUAGAUACCGACGACGUAACUCAACAAGAUCCUCAACCCGUCGUCUCCAAUGCGAUGCAAGAACCCACAAUCAUACCAGAAUGGCCAAACCACGACCCAGCCGGGAAUAGCGGUGAAGACGAUCUUCUGGGUGGCUACAACAUGGCCGCAAGUGAUCAUUAUCGCCAGCUAAACUUGCUGCCACCGGUUGAGCCCCUAACCGACCCCGACUCUGACCCCGAAAAUGAGAAUGGGAUACUAGGAUCAACUUCGUCUCAGUAUGAGGACGCGGCUCAGCCCUUGAUUGCUGAUGCAAACUAUGCUCUGGAUGCAUCGAAUAUCAGUCAGGCUUACGCUAUGUAUUGGCCCAUGGCCUCAGAACAUCAACAUCCACCACUGGACUUGACCGGGACCUACGCCUCUUCUGAGCACACCAAUCCCGUCGCAACAAGAUCUUUGCCCGUAAUUGCUGAGGUCAUAGAUGCUGCCGCAGGUCAUAACACUACGCGGGCUGGUUCAGCACCUCAAUCCGAUGAUUUCGGCGGUCUCAGUGGUGUUGGCGGCGUCUCUCAAUAUGCCGCUCAGCCAAUGUCUCAAACAAUCGGAGACAAGUCUCUUGACCCGCCGCAACAGCAGCGAUUGCGUACACAUCGACCUUGGCUCCAGCCGAAUAUUCCUCCGGCUUAUAGUACCGGGCACGCCACUCAGGACAACCGCGUCAUGCCGCACCAUGCACCCCAAUCCCUCCAUCCUGAACACCCCGGCAAGUACCCACCGAGCAACAUACGUCCCAUGGGGCCUCGGGAACCCAGUCAGCAACGGUUGGCCGCCGAGCAGGUCGCUGCGCCGCCGCCUGAUCACAGGAUUGACCCAUACUGCACCAGUCUCUCGCCCAUUGCCUGUGCCAUUAGCCGCCAGCCACACAAGCUCGCAGUUCCAUCAAGGCUACCUUCAUUCACCAGCUUUGUACCCUUCGCAUCCCACGCCCCGUCCUGCAAAUAUGCCGGCAGCUCAGUUACCGUGCCCUGA